UCACAUGGGAUGUUGGGAAUAGCGGGGACGAGAAUUGGGUGGGGAAUCAGGAAGUGAAACGAAAAACAAGUAGUUGGGACACUAUUGGUUAUCAUGAAGUGGUUGCAUUGUUUAGCUACAUUCGUUCUCAUGGGAAGGUGGCCCUGGCCUCACUCUCUGCCAUGGUCCAUUAACGAUAUGGUUUACCAAGAUUCUACAUUGCGUUCGUCCACGUCAUGCCUUGAUCGGUAUAUCCUUCCAACAGUGAGCGCCUAUUUAAAAUCGUUCGAAGGCUGUUCGAGAUGUAUCCGAGAGCUUGGUCCAACCGGCGUCGUUGAUCUUCGUGCUAGGGGUCUUCGACGUGCCUGAGUCAGCCUGAUACGGUUGAAGGUGCGCCGGGGCGAUUGGAUUGCUGCGCGCUCGUGUACAGUAUCCUGAACGACGCAAGACUGACGACGAUAAGGGCUGGGAC